AAAUGACUGCUGAAUGAUUUUCAUAUCCCCCAAUCAUCAUUUGCAGGUGAACAAUGCAGGAAUUCUCGGUGCGGGAACAGAUCGUGAUGCUUUUACGGUUGCUGCCAGUAAGCUUCGGGCGGGUGAAGAUGUCAACUGGAGUGAAACAAUGACUAAAACAUAUGAGUUGGCCGAAGAAUGCCUCAAAACAAACUAUUUUGGUGCCAAAAGGAUGUCUGAAACAUUUAUUCCCCUCCUCCAGUUAUCUGAUUCACCAAGAAUUGUAAAUGUUUCUUCUUCCAUGGGGAAGUUAAAGAAUGUCUCAAAUGAAUGGGCGAGAGCAAUCUUAAAUGAUGCUGAAAACCUUACAGAAGAGAGAGUGGAUGAAGUAGUGAACAAAUAUCUGAAAGAUUUUAAAGAGGGAUCACUAGAAGCUGGAGGAUGGCCUGAUUCUACGAUUGCCUAUUGUAUCUCCAAAGCUGCCAUGAAUGCGUACACAAGGAUUUUGGCUAAGAAACACCCCAGUUUCUGCAUUAAUUGUGUUUGCCCUAGCUAUGUCAAAACUGAUUUCAACUAUAAUACUGGAUUCUCGACUGUUGAGGAAGGUGCUCAAGGUCCUGUGAGAUUGGCAUUGCUGCCAAAUGGUGGCCCUUCUGGUCUCUUCUUCUAUCGACUGGAAGAAUCAGAAUUCUGAUCAGAUUGUGGGAAAGUUAAUGUUUUUUCCUCUGUACUGCUUUAUGAUGAUCUUGGAAUCUCAAACAAGUAAAAGCAUAUGUGAUAAAAUAAAUAAAUAUCAUUUAA